AUGUCAGGACAAAUCGACGUUGCUAUUAUCGGUGUGGGUCUGGUCGGAUCAUCUGUGCUGCGUCAACUCGCCACUGUGCCGGCACUUUCUGCGCUUCGCGUCAUCGCGCUGCAGAACAGCAAGAAGACGCUAUUGGCGCAGCAUGGUCAAGGCCUCUCGCUUCAGGAUUGGAAGACGCAGCUGAAUGCCAGCCCGGUUGCUGCACUUUCUCUUGAAAAACUUGUGAGCUCGCUUAAGGAGCUGGAGGCCGCGAACCAGCGCCACAUUGCCGUUAUCGACAAUACGUCUAGUGAUGACGUGGCCUCCUUUUAUCCUUCGUUUUUGGAAGCUGGCUUUAGUGUCGUGACUCCCAACAAAAAGGCCUUUUCUGGAUCCUUGGACUUGUUCAAGGCGAUUGUGAACGCCAAGGCUAAGCCUAACGGCCCUCUCACGUACCAAGAAAGUACCGUAGGUGCUGGACUUCCUAUUAUCGGCACUCUCAAUGACUUGAUUGUUACGGGGGACAAGAUUAAAAAGAUUGAAGGCGUUCUCAGCGGUACCAUGAGUUACAUUUUCAAUGAGUUCAGCCCUGCCUCUGGCAGCAGCUCCAAGUUUAGCGACAUUGUUCGUGUGGCUCGUGAAAAUGGCUACACGGAACCCCACCCUGGAGAUGACUUAUCUGGCUCUGAUGUUGCCCGAAAGCUCACGAUUCUCUCGCGCCUGGUUCCGGAGCUUGCCGACAAGCUUCCUGAGGGCUUCAAUUCCGUCAACACCCAGUCCCUGACCCCCUCCGGUUUGGCGGGCGAGCAAAACGCUGAUAACUAUGUGAAGCGUUUGCCCGAGUUUGAUGGUGAAUUCGAUCAACUUCGUGCAAGUGCCCAAGAGAGGAAGUGUGUCCUGCGCUACGUCGGCCUGAUCGACGUUGAAAAGAACAUUAUUAAGGCUGGUCUCGAAUCGUACCCGGCUGAUCAUCCCUUUGCCACCUCCCUGGGAGGGUCUGACAAUAUCAUUUCGUUCACUACUGAACGAUACCCCCGUCCUUUGCUAGUUCAAGGCGCCGGGGCUGGCGCUGAUGUCACAGCCAUGGGCGUCGUCGCUGACUUGGUGCGUGUCGCUGAGCGUCGGGGAUAA